AUGAUGCAGUCUGCCAUCGAGACCCCGGUCAAUAUGUUCCUUUAUCUUUCAGAUUUACUAGAGAUAGCAUAUAACCCUAUCUCUGUGUUAACAUGUGCGCGGCUCAAAGAUGGCAUCAAACCCUGCCGCAAUAAAACCGCAAAAGCCAACCUCGAACUUUUGAAAGAAUCCUUCGGCGAUUUAUUCGCCAUUCUAAAUGACCCUGACCGGACAUUUCACGACAAAGAUGGUGUAUUCAAUGCGGCCGUCGGGCAAUUGAUAGAGACAUGCCUUUGCCUGCAGCGACACCAGCAAUAUUCCGACGACGCUAGGAGCCAAUGGUUGAAGGAGCUGUAUAACGAUGAAAAGAGACACGAGCUGCGUUGCAAACUGCAGAACUAUCUGUUCGAGCCCUUGAAUGAAGAAUCGAUCAUUUCUAUUUCUAUUCCACCGUCAGAAACAGAGUUCGAACUCUGCAAUCCCAAAAUAUUACCGAGCACCAAAGCCAACUUGCCACUAAAGGUGACUAUUCAAUUGCUCGAGCCCCUUACAGAAAAGGACAAAAAAUCCGGGUUCCUCUAUCUCAUCUCUCACCCCCGAGAACCAAAAAUGUUCAAAGUCGGACACACCACAAACCGCGAGCGGCGGUUUGGCGAACACAGACGGUGCUAUGAAGAGUGUAUCACAGUGAAGAGUGCCCACGUACCCUAUGUUCAUCGGAUUGAACAACUUAUCAUCGCCGAGUUUUCCUUGGUGCAUUACAAGCUCAAAAAAGAAUGCAGUCGAUGUAAUACGUAUCAUAAGGAGUGGCUCCACGCCAGCCAAACAAAGGUGUUAAAGAGUUUCAACAAAUGGGUCAAAUUCGCCCUAGCUGAGAAGACACCUUAUGACGAGAAUGGUGACUUUAAGACCAAGACUGUCCCGCUGCCACCUCCUGCUAUGGAUUUCAAGGUCCCAACUCCGACUCCGAAAAAAGGAUCACGUCGACAAUCAGAUGGAGUCCUAUCACCGGAGUCGACACCUUCUAAGCCGGAGCUUGACAAGUCUGAUAUAAGGAUCAUUGACGAAGAAGUUUCCGACUCGAGCUCCGACAAACCUGGUUAUAGUAGGGAAGCAAAGCGCUCAAUUGCCGUCUCGCGGCUUUCCGACCGUUUUGCUGCUGCUGGCUUAAAGUAA